AUGGAAGUGGAGGCUCUGCAAGCCCAACUCAGCCAUGCGCUGCAGCGAGCCUCGAUUGCAUUCCAAAGAGUCCCAGGCUCUGCCGUUCUUGUCAGGUACAUCCGGUCGAGCUACCAGAACGAUCCAGUGCGGUCCGCCAUUGAACUUGUCUUGGUCUUAUUCUUCAUACGAUAUCUGUUGUCUCCGUCUUACUCGACUCAUAAGCAAAACUUUGUCAAACUCGGAGAAGAUGAAAUCGACGAGUUGAUUGACGAUUGGGCACCAGAACCACUUGUGUCCGAACAGACAGCACUAGAGGAGGCCGAGAGUGACAAGCUUCCUGUUAUUGUCGGACCUACUGGACCCAAAGUCAAGCUGUCGACCGGUAGAACCGUAACGAACCUGGCCUCUUAUAACUUCUACAACUUCAACGCCAAUGAGCAGAUCAAAGAGAAGGCUAUUCAGACCUUGCGGACUUAUGGGGUUGGCCCUUGCGGUCCUCCUCAGUUUUACGGCACCCAAGACGUGCACGUCAAGGCCGAAGCUGACAUAUCCAACUAUCUCGGGACCGAGGGCUGCAUUAUCUAUGCGCAGGCCUUCUCCACAAUCUCCAGUGUCAUUCCCGCAUUCUGCAAGCGUGGCGACGUCAUCAUUGCUGAUGAGGCAGUGAAUUACUCGAUCCGCAAAGGAUUGCAGGCUUCUCGGAGCAACAUCAAAUGGUUCAAACAUGGCGACUUUGACGAAUUGGAGAGAGCAAUGAAGAGCAUUGUCGUCGAGCAAGCCAAGGCCAAAAAGCUAACCCGCAGAUUUGUCGUCACGGAGGGCUUGUUCGAGACGUGUGGAGACGAGACGAACCUUCCUCGGCUUGUAGAACUGAAGGCGAGAUACAAGUUUCGCAUCAUGCUGGACGAGACUUGGUCCUUUGGCGUGCUGGGCCGCACGGGCCGUGGCCUUACGGAAGCACAGAAUGUUGAUCCUCAGCAAGUUGACAUGAUUAUCGGCUCCUUGUCUGGUCCACUCUGUGCCGGCGGCGGCUUCUGUGCAGGCGCAAAGGACGUGGUCGAACACCAACGCAUCACCUCCUCGGCAUACACAUACUCGGCCGCCUUGCCUGCCAUGCUGGCCAUGACGGCGAGCGAAACCGUCAGCCUUCUACAGUCCAAUCCCGACAUAUUGACCCAAUGCCGGGAAAACAUCAAAUUGAUGAGGCUACAGCUAGAUCCCCGCAGCGACUGGGUAACCUGUACCAGUGCUGCAGAGAACCCCGUUCUGCUGCUUGUCUUGAAGGCCGAAGUCGUGGCCACCAGAAAACUCGGUUUUGAUGACCAGGAACGCAUCCUGCUGGAGUGCGUCGACGAGUGCCUAUUGAACGGAGUCCUCAUUGCCAGGCUCAAGACGAGACCGUACGCAAACGCCAUUGCCUCCCGAGACAGCAACUGGGUUCCUCAACCGGCUUUGAAAAUAUGUGUUUCAUCUGGCCUUUCGAGGAAAGACAUCGACAAGGCGGGGGCCACUGUGCGACACGCCAUUGCCAAGAUUAUGACGCGAAAAACGAGUAGCAAGGCGAGUUUAUAG